AAAUUUAUUAAAUUUAAGUAUUCUCUCUUUACAGCGAUCGGACGCUAUAACAUCCUCAAGCGGAAAGCGGGAGAUGCAUCUUGUCGAUAUCCAGGUUUACGAUUCUUAAGAUACGGAAAACGAAUAGUUGAUCGUCCUUGAAUGGUCAUCCAUCGUUCGUUAAUACGCAUUCUUACGAAGGAAAGGAAUCUACGAUGAUUCUUGCGACUCUUCGAGGCGGCCAAGUUCUGAAGGAGGGCUGACGAAGCGCGAGAGCGCGAGAUCACGAGAUAGAAAAAAAAAUGACCGUCGCGAUGGAGCACAAGCGGAAGAGUUCGUGGGACUCGAAGAUUUCGGUGAGUACGGUAAGCACCCGAAGAUUCAGCCGUGCCGGAACUCCAAGUUCGAUCCUGUCGUCUGACAGUGACAUUCGCUUCACGAGAAAGCUCGGCGGGCAGUAUCGUUGCGGAUGCUGCGUUCUCGCCGCUUUCUUGUUCUUCCUUCUCUUCUCGGGUGUCUCCAUAUACCUCGGCUACACGUUCCUCACGUCGGAUCCACCCGGUGAUCAAAUAUUCCUCGCGAUAUUCCGAGUUACCAAAGGCGAUUCUUUCACCGCGGAACUAGCUGAUCCUUCUACCGAGGCCUUUCGAAUACGGUCGCGAGAAUAUCGCGAUCGUCUUAAUCUUAUCUUCCGACGCAGCUGGCUGAAAUUAUCGUUCCUCGCAGCAGAUGUCCUAGCGCUUGAUGGGGUGGAAGGCCGCGAUUUGGUGGUACACUUUGACGUGAGGUUUGACCCACGAUAUCAGACUAUAACUACUGGAAAUAUCGUAGACAUUUUAUCGCGGGAAUUGAAUCCUGAAACUUCACGGUAUUUGGCAAAUCUGACGAUAGAGGCCAAAAGUCUCGAAGUGCAGGAAAGCUUGAAAGCCCUCAAUGCGCAGAGUAGUCCGCAGUCGACCAUCUCGACGUUACCGCCGACGACCACAGUCCCUCCACCAAGAAGAUGCAGCAAGCUAGACUUAUCCUAUUGUAAACACCUCCCUUACAAUGUCAGCUCGUAUCCGAACAUAUUAGGACAUAGAUCAUUGGCAGACGUUGAAGAGGAUGUUAUUGCCUUUAGAGAACUGGUCGAUGCGGAAUGUUAUGCUUUGGCCUACGACUUCGUCUGCCAGGUGUUGCAGCCCGCGUGUCGAUCGAGUCAACCAGAGGAUCUGCUGCAAUUACCUUGUAAGAGCUUCUGCAGAGAAUUCUGGAAUGGAUGCGGCAAUCGUCUUCCUGAGAAGAUAAAACGCGCCUUGGAUUGUUCCAACUUUCCGGAAUAUGCCGGUCCUGGCAGUUGCAGAUCGAAGCCAGGAUGCGUACAAGCGCUUCAGUCGAAAGCUCUAUCUCCGAGAAUUUGUGAUGGUGUGAUUGACUGCCCGGAUCUUUCGGAUGAGAAAAAUUGCGCCUACUGCAAGGAUGGUUACAUGCAUUGCGGAGUAGGAAGAAACUGUAUACCACAUACGAAGCGAUGUGACGGCAAGAUGGACUGUCCGAAUGGCAGCGACGAGAAAGACUGUCUAUUCUUAGCACCGAGCGUUCAUGAAUUAAGAUCACAAUCCUGGAGCACGCCACACGUCGCAAAGUAUAACAAAGAGGGCUAUGUUGUAUUCAAUGAGAAAGGCACCAUCGGGAAACUCUGUACGGCAAACUUAAAUGCUACUUUACCGGACACGGAGAUGGAUAACGUUCUUCAAACGGCAGCGAGCUCGUUGUGCACUUUACUCACUUAUACUGGUGUAGCUUCCGUUGAAGUAAGGACUGAUGAUGAAGAAGAUGUUCCAUAUGUAUAUAUGGAAGAUCCAUCUGCAUCGGAAAUUACUUUUGUCCGGGCUCCUUGUCCUAGCAAAGAAGUUCUGUACGUCCGUUGUUCUGAUCUUGAAUGUGGAAUACAACCUCUGCAUAUCAACGGCGGUAUUAAUGGUCUCAAUAAGAUGGCAGAACCCGGUGAUUGGCCUUGGCACGUUGCACUCUUCAAGGAGGGAGUUCAUGUUUGUGAUGCCACUCUCGUGGCAGACAAUUGGUUGCUCACAACUGCGUACUGUUUCCAAGGUCAACCGAAAGCGGAGUGGUCGGCCCGGCUUGGUGUCGUGAGACUCUCGAGCACAUCACCUUGGGAACAAGAACGUAGGAUUGUCGGUAUGAUUAAAUCACCAGUGGAGGGUACGACCGUUUUGGUAAAAUUGGAUAGACCAGUGACGACCUUUUCGGACUUUGUGAGACCGGUUUGCCUGCCCUCCAGCGAGAAUCCACCGAGCAAUACAUCGCAAUGCAACACACUUGGCUGGGCAAGAAAUCGCGAUUUACUACAAAGGGUACAACUCAAACAUAGUGCAAUGGAGAAAUGUGAAAAUAUCAGCAUCCCUUCAGUGAAUAGUGUUUGUACCGAGCAAGCAUAUUCCACAGACGAUUGCAACGAAGAGGAGCUUGCCGGUAGUUCAAUGCUAUGUCUUCAAACAGAUGGCCGAAAAUGGGCACUAACAGGUAUUGGUAGCUGGAGGAUAGCCUGUUCAAAAGAUGGCAUUGAGAGACCUCGAUUAUAUGAUAAAAUAUCAUCGCAUAUUGAUUGGAUUAAAUCUACCAUUGCCUAAUCUGUCAGCAAGUUAACGUUUAAUAAAUGUCAUAUCGUGAACAAGAUGCAUGUUCGAUGUACACAAGAUGGAUCUCGAAUGAAAAGAAUAGCCAUCGCAUUUUAAAAUAUAGGACUGAUAUCGAAAUUGUGAUAGAAAUUUCUAAACUGUUACGCAUGAUAUAAAAUCAUUGCUGCAUAUCGAUUGAGACUCAAUUGCGUUCAUCUUGCACGAAUACAUGUUACUGUUAUGAAUGUAUAAUUUUAUCAGAUACGAGAUAAGAACAUAUCCUGUUAUUAAUCACUGGAACGUGCAAUCGCAUUCUUGUAUAUACAAAUGUCUUUUAUUUAGAAUACGAAAAUAUUUUGUUAUCGUGGAAUAAUUUUUUAACUUAUUUUUCUCGCUCUACAUUUACUCUACAUCUGUGUUCUUUUAGAUUCGAAUCAUUAUUUUAAUGAUUACAAUGCCUCUACAUUUUGUAAGAUCGUUUACGCAUUAAAGUUUCUUAAAAUAAUAA